UUUAUUAAAAUGAGAGAAAUAUCCCGAAAAACCAGUUGAAGUGGAACUAUUAUGAGCUAAUUUUGAAAGUUUACAUCGACACUUGACAAUCAUAUCCAAUUCACAACUUGUUUGAUGCCGAGAAAGGUUUUUUUUCUGUAUCUCUCACUUGCCGCAAAUGUCGUUUGUCACAAUUGUAAUCAAUCACACCCAAUUUGAUUGAUUGUCAUCUUCAAAUAUUUAGCUGAAUCAGAUUUUUCGGAAUUAUCACGUUGCAGUGCUGCGUUAUUCCAUUGGAACGAAAAUUGAACCGUUGUGUUUUUCUUUUGAUUGGGCUUCGAUCGAUCGAUAAGAGUUAAGUCAUUAUCAUUUUGAAUGUGAUGAGAAUACCAAGCUGAUACAGACCCGCACACACACAUACACAAAGACUCAAAAUAAACAUUGAACUGGGGGAAAUAUGCAUUGUUGUUGUAAUCGAAACCAUGUAGCGUUCGUUUCAAUGCUGUAACCGAAACAAGCUGCUCCAAAACGAUUCAUCGGUUGAAUAGAGAAAGCGCAUACUACACAACCAGAAAGCCAAAAAAACCAUUCGUAAUCGUUCGUGUUGUGUAUAUGCCGUACACACAGAGAGCUGCGCUAAGGUAAACUAAGGCGAACGUGAGCUUAACGCAUAUGUAUGCACAGAAUUCAACCAGUUGAAGUAAAAACCAGGUAAAGCAACACGUGAAGCAAGCAACAACUAUUAAAAAAAAAGAGAGAUAAAAGCAACAUAAGAAAAAUACUCACAACCGUGUGCGUUUGCUACACGUUCGAAAAAUCAACAUCGUCUCUGCUUGAUCAUAAGGUGUGUGAAAGUAGAAAACAUCCAAACAGAUUCGCGUUGAACGUCGUACGGUACAGAAGCACCCAUUCGUUUUGUCUGCUGUGCUUUUUCCAAUUCGAAAAGUCUUUAGAAGAAAACAAACACGGUCUGCAAAACACCGAAUCGAUUACAAUCGGCGGCUGGAUAGAGAAAAAAAAGAAAUUCAAACUCAUUCCUUCGUCGAUAAUUUUUCUUCGGCCGGAAUUUUUUGCUUUUCUAUGAAAAUACCGACGAUUUUGUGUACACAAUUUUUUUUAUCGUAGUUUUUGUGGUGACAACUCGAAAAAAAAAACUUUUGAUUGCUUCAUAAUGCAUUUAAAUAUUUGUUUAUAAAGAGCAGAAAAUACAAAAGCAACAUUCAAUUAAGUUUAGUGAAAGAAAAUUGCAGAUAGAAAACGAACAACAAUAGAAAAAAAAAUAUAUUCGAAAAACCUUAUAGUAAAAAAAGGUUGAAAAUGAAAUCAGACCAAUCGAAAUAAUUGUGGUUAAAGAAGAAGGUGUGUUUCAAUGCCGUGAUUAACAAAUGAAAAUACUCAUAAGAAUUAUUUCGAAGAAAAACUGAAAGCCGCUUGUUUUGUCAUUGACAUCACAAUAAGAAAAUCGAAUAAACAAUAGCCAUUGUGAAGUGACAUACAACACAAGAAUAAACAGCGAUUUUUCUUUCGUAUUUUUUUUUUAUUAAAUUAGUAAAAAAGAAUACAAGACAGAAAACAGAAGAUUUGACUUUGAAGUCGACGAUUUCGACGAAACAAUUCCAAAAUCCAUUUAUGUGACCGAAAAUGCGACGAGUUGGCUGCAUAAAAUCCAUUUUUAAUCGUACGAAUACCUCAUAUGUGAUAUUAGCGGUUAUCGUUGCGUUGAAUGCGAUAGCAACAGAUGUAGCAGCAAAAUGGCCAACACAUAAACAAGAGCUUCAAGACGAAGUCGAUGAUAUGCGAAUUUUGAAUGCAGUUCAACAGUCAAUGUAUGAAUAUGAGAAAUCGCAUCGAUAUCACCAUCGGCACAAGCGUGCCGAGAAGCGUGUAUGCUAUGACGAAUUGGGCUGUUUCGAGGAUAGCGGCCCAUUUGGCUAUUUAGACAUGUUACCACAAUCGCCAGAAGAGAUUGGCACAAAAUUUUAUUUCUAUUCUACGGAAAAUCGUUCUGACAAGCCAUUGCUUGAAAUUCCAUAUCUCAACAUGAGUCGCAUGUUUCACGAACUCAGCCAUGACAAAGAGAAAAAUAGUAAUGCCACCACCUCCACCACCACCGUCACCAACAACAACAACAACAACACCGCUGCCACACCAAUUGAUUCGAAAUUUCCAAGCAAUUCAUCUGACCUGACGCCGGAAUUAAUGAAAAAUAUCAUCAUGCUGAAGACAUUCGAAGGUUUUGAUCGUAUGUCAGUCAGAGUGAUUGUGCAUGGGUUCGGUGCAGCGUGCCAUCAUGUUUGGAUCUAUGAAAUGCGUACCGCUUUAAUGGCUGUCGAAGAUUGUAUUGUGAUUUGCGUUGAUUGGGAGGCUGGAGCUAGUUUGCCAAAUUAUGUGAGAGCCGCAGCAAAUACACGUUUAAUUGGAAAGCAGUUAUCAUUAUUGAUGCGAGGCCUUCAAGAGCAUAAAGGGCUUAAUUUGAAUCAUGUUCAUAUUAUCGGGUUUAGCUUGGGCGCGCACGUGAGUGGCUUUGCUGGUUCAGAGCUACCUGGCCUAAAACGAAUAACUGGUUUGGAUCCAGCGGGGCCUCUGUUCGAAUCACAACAUAUUCGAGCUCGUUUAGACAGUUCUGAUGCAAAUUUCGUUGAUGUCAUUCACUCAAAUGGUGAAAACUUGAUUCUUGGUGGUUUAGGUUCAUGGCAACCAAUGGGAGAUGCAGAUUUCUAUCCAAAUGGUGGCCGUGUUCAAACUGGUUGUUCGAAUAUUUUCGUUGGUGCUGUUACUGACUUCAUUUGGUCUCCAAGUGUUGUUGAGGGUCGAUCGCUUUGUAAUCAUCGUCGAGCAUAUAAAUUCUUCAUUGAUUCAAUUGCAUCGAAAUGCUUGUUCCCGGCCUUUCCAUGUGACACUUACGAUGAUUUCUUGAAAGGAAAUUGUUUCCCAUGCGACGACUCCAAUUACAGAGACUCACGAUGUGGAAACAUGGGCUAUUAUGCGGAUAAAUCAACCGGUCGUGGUCAAUUAUAUUUGGUGACGCGCGAAGAAGAGCCUUUCUGUGCGCAUCAAUUUCAUAUUGAAAUCCAUACGUCCGAGAGUGAUUUGCCAUUGCGAACAAUUGGUAAAAUUGAAGCCACGCUACACGGUGAACAUUCAUUGAAUGAAACAUUCAGUAUAACUGACAAAGAUGAUGCCGAACUAUUUGCUGGUGAUGUAAUAUCGAGAAUUUUGGUUCCACAUCCGGCCCUUGGUUUUCCAAAGAGUGUUUCGCUCACGUACAAAACGUACAGUGGAUGGUUGAGCAAAGGUCUGCCACAUUGGAAUAUCAAUAAAAUUGUUCUAACCGACAGCUUUGGCGCAAGCUAUUCGAUGUGUCGCAAUUACAUGCUGCUGGAGUCUGGAAAUCCCGUAUCGAUAAAAUUACAGUCAGGCGUUUGUGAAAUAACCGAAGAAAAUGACGUUACGUUUACACCAUUCGAAACGGACAAUCCGAAAAAUGUUGACGGUAGUGGGGGCGGAAGUGUGGACGAUGUGGACAAACUGAGAGAGAAAAAGAAUGUCUUAAAUCUAGGUACAAAUUAUAAAAUUACCAAUAACAAAACUUAUGUGUACGCAAAUAAGGCGGCAAAUUUGCCAUGGCAACCGGCUCUAGAGAAUGGAAAUUCAUUGGAACGAAAUUCAGCCGAAUCAAGUCGUAGCUUACAAACGUUGGCAGCGCCUGGUGAAAUAUUCGAACCAAUUCUCAAGGAUCGUCCACAACCAAAACCACACACCGGCCGAUCGUUUAAUAUCGAUGGCGAGAAAAAGACGAAUGUCUUUGCCGAAGAAGAGAUAAUGGAGCCAAUUCUCAAGGCGACCACGGCUCGUAGUCGAAAAAUGAAACAAGUUCCGAUGGAUGCAAGCAUGACACGCGAUAACUCCUAUUUCAAUGUUCAAUUGUUGCCAUUCCGAUUGGGCGAAAUAUUUCAACGAGCCGAACGCUAUGCACGUGAAACAUUAUUGCCUUUAAUAUCCGAGCAAGCGCCACGUUUUUUUGGUUUCGGCAUCGACCGAGAGGAACCGAACCAGAGGCGACCGAAAUAUAUACCGAAAAUAGGUGAUAUUAAAAAUGAAACAGUCAUUCGUGAGCGUCGAAUUAAUUUACCACCUAUUCUAAACGAUACUGUGUUCAUUGUAGAUAGUGCCGAUGACGAAUUCGACACCGAGUUUAAUGAUCCAAAUGAGAAACACACAACCAUGGCCAACAUCGCCGACAUCAAACGAUCUGACCAAAAUGAAGCCCAAAAUGUUGUGAUUGAUUCACGUGGCACAAAAAAUAUCCUAAGCCUACUGCGAAUACGGGAAAAACGAACAACUUCCUCUCCUCUAGUGGAUUUAUACGCGAACCGUGGUAGAUCGAUGCCGUCCGCAUCUUCGGAGUAUUACACAAAUGCAGACGCUAUUAAAAAUGAUGACAAUUUAAAAGUUGUCCGCAUCAACUUGCCAACAUACAAACCAUCUACAAAAGCCCUAGCAUUAAGUGGACCGUUUUUAUCGCCGAAGGCGGUACGACGGCAUUCAUUUCCAUAUCAAUUUGAAAUACCCGCCGAUCCACUAUAAAACAUUCUAUGCACCAAUCAAACAAAACAAGAAUUAAAAUCUAUGAAUUUUCUAGUCGAAAAGUGGCGUAUCGUGUUCACGAAAGUUUUCUUUUGAUUUGGUUUGUUCAUCGGAAUUAGAGAACUUGGGAUGAGAAAAUUUAUCAGAGCAAAUUUGAUUUUUUAUUUUUCAUUUUGAAUUGGACAUUUCGGUUCGGCAAUUCAUUCGGGACAUUUCAAUCAAGAACAAGAUUUCAAGACACACAGAAUGAAAUGAAUACAAUUUUUCUGUAUUUAAACGAUUUUAAAUGACAUUUAUGGAUAGAAUUAUUAAUUUAUUUGAAUUAAAGUUGAAUGAAGGAAAAAGAAGAAAGAGGAUUUGAUGAAAAAAAGCAACGACAUUGAUUGUUUUGUCACUCGAAAGAAACACACUUCUUUUAUAUUUUCUCAUAAAUGUUAAAACACCUAUUAUAGCAAUUAAUCUUUAAAACUGAGUACUGUUCGUAAGAUAAUAAAGUAGUUUUUUUAUAUUCGCAACCUUAGAAUCAACAGAAUAUAUUCAUUCAUUGGUAGCUACAACUAUCAAUUUGUUGAGUUCUAUGUUUUUAAAUAUGCUCAGAUCGUAGUGAGAAAAAAAAACAAUUACCGAUAUUUUGUAUAAAAAACAUAUAUGAAUUACGUUGUUUUUAUAAAAAUAAAUAUUGAAAAAACA